GCCAGCAGAGGCUGCCUGGGGCAGUCUUUCUCCACCCAGCCUGACUCCUGGAACCCUCAGAAACGAAAGACCAGAGGAGGACUCUCUAUCCACCAGCUGGAAGCCUCCUCCCCACCACCAGCCCCCACCCCCUGGCUGCUCCUGACCCAGAAAGGCCUGGAGGAAGAGGCCAGGGAAACCGCCCUGCCCACUCUCCCCUGACCCUCCAUCCACCCAGCACCGGCAACUGAAGACCCCAUGGCCUGGGCUCUCUGGGGCUGCUCCCCCUGGCUUGUCCUCCUCUGUGCUUGUGCCUGGGGCCACCCAAAGCCACUGGACCAGAGAGAGGAUGUGAGAAACUGUUCAAUCAGCCCUCCGUACCUUCCAGUUACUGCGGUCAAUACCACAGCACAGCUCACAGCCCUGCGCCAGCAGAUGCAUACACAGAAUCUCUCUGCAUACAUCAUCCCUGAUACGGAUGCCCACAUGAGCGAGUAUAUCAGCAAAUAUGACCAGAGGCGUGCGUGGAUGACGGGCUUCACAGGGUCUGCAGGAAUUGCGGUAGUGACCAUGGGAAAAGCAGCUCUCUGGACUGACAGCCGCUACUGGACCCAGGCUGAGCGGCAGAUGGACUGCAAUUGGGAGCUCCAUAAGGAAGUUGGCACCACUCCCAUUGUCACCUGGCUCCUCGCUGAGAUUCCUGUUGGAGGGCAUGUGGGCUUCGAUCCCUUUCUCUUUUCCAUCGACUCCUGGGAGAGUUAUGACGCAGCCCUCCGAGAGUCUGACAGAGAGCUGGUGUCCAUCACCAUCAACCUUGUGGACCUGGUGUGGGGGUCAGAGAGGCCUGCGGUGCCAAGCGAGCCCAUUUAUGCCCUGCAGGAGGCAUUCACAGGGAGUACCUGGCAGGAGAAAGUAUCUGACAUCCGCAGCCAGAUGCAGAAACGUCACGAGGCCCCGACUGCCGUGCUUCUGUCGGCGCUUGAUGAGACAGCCUGGCUCUUCAACCUUCGCGGCAGUGACAUCCCUUAUAAUCCCUUCUUCUAUUCCUACACGCUGCUCACCGACUCCUCCAUCAGGUUAUUUGCAAACAAGAGUCGCUUUAACUCUGAGGCCCUGCAGUACCUGAACUCUGGCUGCACGGGCUCCAUGUGUGUGCAACUCGAAGAUUACAGCCAAGUCCGUGACAGCGUGCAGGCCUACACCUCCGGAGACGUGAGGAUCUGGAUUGGCACCAGCUACACCUCAUAUGGGCUCUAUGAAGUGAUACCCGAGGAAAAACUCGUAGCAGACGCCUACUCCCCAGUGAUGAUAACCAAGGCGGUGAAAAACAGCAAGGAGCAGACCCUCCUCAGGGCCAGCCACGUGCGGGACGCCGUGGCCGUGAUCCGCUACUUGGUCUGGCUGGAGAAGAACGUGCCCAAAGGCACCGUGGACGAGUUUUCGGGGGCAGAGCAGCUGGAGAAGUUCCGAGGAGAAGAAGAGUUCUUCUCUGGAUCCAGUUUCGAAACCAUAUCUGCUAGUGGCCUGAAUGCUGCCUUGGCUCACUACAGCCCAACCAAGGAGCUGCACCGCAAGCUAUCUUCAGAUGAGAUGUAUCUGCUGGAUUCUGGGGGGCAAUACUGGGACGGGACAACAGACAUCACCAGAACAGUCCACUGGGGCACCCCCUCUGCUUUCCAAAAGGAGGUGUAUACCCGUGUGUUGAUAGGAAAUAUCGAUCUGUCUAGACUUGUCUUCCCAGCUGCUACAUCAGGGCGAAUGGUGGAGGCCUUUGCCCGCAGAGCCUUGUGGGAUGUUGGGCUCAAUUAUGGUCACGGGACAGGCCACGGCAUUGGCAACUUCCUGUGCGUGCACGAGUGGCCAGUGGGAUUCCAGUCCAACAACAUUGCCAUGGCCAAGGGCAUGUUCACUUCCAUCGAACCUGGUUACUAUCAGGAUGGAGAAUUUGGGAUCCGUAUUGAAGAUGUGGUACUCGUGGUAGAAGCACAGACCAAGUACCCAGGGACCUACCUGACCUUUGAAGUGGUGUCCUUGGUGCCCUAUGACCAGAACCUCAUCGAUGUCAGCCUGCUGUCCCCCGAGCAGCUCCAGUACCUGAACCGCUACUACCAGACCAUCCGCGAGAAGGUGGGCCCAGAGCUGCAGCGGCGCCAGCUGUCGGAGGAACUCUCCUGGCUGCAGCGACACACGGAGCCCCUGUCCGCCAGGGCUGCACCCGCCGCCUCCUGGGCCCCUCUGAUGACAGUCUCCACUCUCGCCAUCCUUGGCUGGAGUGUCUAGCGCCUCGAGACUACCCUCCUGACCCUCUGGCGCAGCUCCCCUCACCCCAUACCACCCCCGCGUCAAGAGCCCCUGCUGAUCCAUUGCCUGGAAACCACUGCCCUCAGCCUCCUCCUCUAGGACCAAGCCCCUGGGGUGUGGGGCUUCUUGGUCCCAGGCAGGACCCUGCUCUGGGCUUAGACAUUUCACCCUCAGCUCCCAACUCCCAGCCCCGGGACAGGAGAGCCAGCUAGUCCCUUUCCUCCUGUGAGCCCAGUAGAUCGAACCUAUGAGCUGGCAGAGCAUGUUGCUCCCCUCACCUAAAAAAAGACCAAUGCAGGGUAGUGCCCUCCCCGCCAGGGGCUCCAUGCCCUGAGAGAGCCCCAAGCUACCACCACCUGCUGGAUAUAGCCAGACCCACGCCGGCUCCUGACUUACUGGUCUUCCUGCACCCUGGAGGCCGCCUCUGGCCACCCCCACUUGUCCUUGGCCCUACAGUGGCCUCUGGGCUGCAGCCCACAGGCUGAAGGAACAAGGGCUGCCUCCAGGCUCCCUGCUGUGCCUAUAGAGGGAGAGGAAGGGCGGGUGGCUGAGUCCUCUGGCUGUGUUACCGCCACCCCAGGGCCAGGGAGAUCAGCCAGGGAAGGGGCAUGUACACCAGCCCCAGGGACAUCCACAUGUGAGCCCAUCGCUCCUAAACCUUGGGGGGCUCCAUGCCAAUUGAUAGCACAGGGAGCUAAGCCAUAGGAAUUUGGCCACGGGAUAGGGAACCACUCUGGAAUAUGGCCCUAACCAAAAUUGGGAACAGACUGAUAGCUGUGUCCAAUCACUAUCCCAGACUUCCUGGCACGUGGGUACCUUUGAACUUUCCACAGUGAGCCACAGUGACAAUGCUGUUGACUCCUCCAGCAUCCUUGGAUGACCUUUAACCUGUGUGGGCAGAAUCUGGUUUCCCCAUUUUACAGAUAGAAGAACUGAACUCCAGAAGGAGUGGAACCUGUCCAAGGACACACUGUUUGGUUAGGACAUGGUAGGGCCAGAAUGGGUCAGCAGUCCAGCUCUUUUACCUUUGGCACCAUGCAGAAUCCCUUAGCCUACCUCUCAGCCCCUUCCAAGUUCACUGAGCCAGCUGCCGGGGGCAGGGGGAGGGUGGGGUAGAGUUUUCUCUGGCUAGCCCGGCGGUUAGCCACCUGGGCUCACAUCCUGCUAAAUGCUUGAAACAGCCUGGCAACAAAGCCUGGCAACAAAGCCUUCCUCUGGGUUUUGCAUCGUCUGCUGUGCUGCCGGGGACUGCUGUUACCUGUGGCUUUUGUGGUGGGGGAGAAAGGGGAGGGGUGAGGUGGGGGUGGGGAUGUGAGGCUCCCAGAAGCUCAGUUGGGGAGCACACGUGCUUGAGAAUGUGCAUGUGAGCAUGCGUGCGUGUACGUGUAUUCGUGUGCAUGCCACGCCCAGCUAACCACCUCCUGUGCUAAAGGUCGUGUAGCCUUGUGGACGGUACAGAAGGGAGCCCCUUGCUGGGGGCUUGUCAAAGGUGGUCCCAGAAAGCACCAGAGGAGCACAGUCGGGGCAGGAGAGAACCAAGUCUCUGGGGCAGAGUACUGGGCAAAGACAUCAGGCAGAGGAGUCCCCUAGGCGGUGACAGGUGAGGGUAACCUGUGACAGUUAUCACUGCUGAUGCUUGCACCCAAAGGCCCCAGUUCUGAGCCAUGAUGAGAGCCUGUAGCACCCCAACAGUGGGCCUCCCUUUGCUGAGUCAUUUGCUCCCUCACAAGCUCACCCCAUAAAGACAGCCACUAAUAAUAUAAUUAGUCAUCAUUGCCACCGUCGUCAUCAUCAUCAUCAUAGUCACUAUUCAGUGAGUGUUUAGUAUGUACUAGGUACUGUGCUUUACAUGCAUUCUCUUAAAAAUUUUUAAUUUUAUUGCAGUAAGAACAUUGAACAUGAGAUCUACCCUCCUAAAAUUUUAAGUGGACAGUUCUGGUGAGAGGCCCGGAUGUGUCAGCGCUCUGUAAGCCAGGAAGCCACACAAGAGAUAAAAAUGCUGCUAUCUA